GGCUCGAACUUGAAUGACUAUACGGCACGUUACAGUAAAGAUCGCAUCGGCGAGGAACUGUCACCUCAGGGACGCUUCUGGCGGACAUAUCUUGAUGAAGCCUCUAUCUCAGAUGGGGGUAUGCUGGAUGAAUACCAUAAGACAAUUGAUGUCCUACUGGUUUUUGCUGCUUUGUUUUCUGCAGUGGUGACAGCCUUUGUCAUUCAGGCAUCUCAGAUGAUGCAGCCAGACUAUUCCGCGAUCUCCGCCUGUCAGCUUGUCGAGCUGGUCAGCUUGCAGCGGGAGGCCAUGAAUAUUACAACAGCACCAGUCGUUUCUUUCCCUCCAUGCGGUACAGCCUUAUCCUCGGCACCAUUCCGUGUGAACCAAUGGGUCAACAGCAUAUGGGUCGUUAGUCUCACGCUGGCCAUGAUAACGGCAUUUGUCUCCGUCGUGGUCAAGCAAUGGCUACACCAAUACGCUUCUGCUAUCCCCGAUAGCUCACCCCGCGACUGCGCGCGCAUUCGGCAAUCCCGCUAUACAGGACUGAAGGCCUGGAAAGUUCCGAUGAUUAUUGGACUUUUACCCGUUCUCUUGCACGUUGCCCUCGGCCUGUUCCUUGCAGGAUUAGUCCUGUUCUUGUUUUCAUUG